CCGAUUUUUUUUUCUAACUUAUUUUUCUUUUGAAUCAUUUGAACCGAUUAUCAAUCCGGGUCAAACCCACCUUAUUUACCGUUCUAGUUUAUCUUUGGAGAGCUUUAACUUUGUUUAUAACUGGACUAAAGUGACUUGUUUUGGUGUAUCAGCUCAAAACGGUGUCACCUGUUAGCAAUCGAGCAUUGAAUCAUCAAACAAGCAGCUCAAAAUGCUAUAUUGAUAACAUAGCGGAGACAAGGAUUACAGGGUUGAGGAAGCAGGCGGGAUGCAGCAAUGCUUGCCCCUCUAAAGGCUUGGAUUCACCCUUUGUUUAGCAGUCAAUAGUUGAUCGAAAAACCAUUACAUGGGAACAACGAAGCUUACCCAAGCACUCCUCAAAAACACCAAAAACCCAAAGCUUGCAUGGCAACUCUUCAAGCGCAUUCAAUCUUCACCAUCCAAUCCUUGUUUUCUUUCAUCAGUACCCACCAUUGCUCGUAUCCUUAUUCGUUCCAAAAUGCUCCCAGAAAUCGAUCAUCUUCACCUCCUUCUCUUAUCCUCACAGCCUCAAGAAAAGUCCCUUCCUUCCCUCAUUUCACUUGUUAAUCUCUUAGCCAAAUCGGGUUUCUUUGAUAAAGCAUUUUCCCAGUUUCAAUCUAUAAGAAAAAUGUUCCCACAAAACCCGCCUUCCAUCUGUUUGUACAAUGUUCUCUUUGGAUGUUGUAUUAAAGAAAGACGUUCAGAUUGUGUGCUUUGGCUGUAUAAAGAUAUGGUCUUAGCUGGUGUUUCUCCGGAGACUUAUACUUUUAAUCUUUUGAUUUGUGGGUUAUGUGAUUUGGGUCAUUUGGAGGAUGCCCGAGAGUUGUUUGAUAAAAUGCCUGAGAAAGGUUGCUUGCCGAAUGAGUUUAGUUUUGGGAUUUUGGUUCGUGGGUAUUGUAGGUUUGGCCUUGCUAAUAAAGGGUUGGAGCUUUUGGAUGAGAUGAGAAGUUCUGGGAUUUUGCCUAACAGAGUUGUGUAUAAUACAUUGAUUUCAAGUUUUUGUAAGGAAGGUAAAACUGGUGAUGCUGAAAAAUUGGUGGAAAGAAUGAGAGAGGAUGGUUUGUUUCCUGAUGUUGUGACAUUCAAUGCUAGAAUAUCAGCUCUUUGUAGUGCCGGUAAAGUUCUUGAAGCAUCAAGGAUUUUUAGGGAUAUGCAAAUAGAUGAAGCAUUGGGGCUACCUCGGCCUAAUGUUAUAACCUAUAAUCUAAUGCUUGAAGGGUUUUGUAAGCAAGGGAUGUUGGUGGAAGCAAAGGCCUUGGUUGAGUCCAUGGAGAAAAAUGGUGAUUUGAUGAAUUUAGAUAGUUAUAAUAUUUGGUUGUUGGGGUUGCUAAGAAACGCAAAGUUAGUAGAGGCUCAGUUGGUACUUGAAGAUAUGGUAGAUAAAGGUGUAGAACCUAAUAUUUACUCGUAUAACAUUGUGAUGGAUGGUUUAUGCAAGAAUGGGAUGCUUUCUGAUGCGAGAAUGGUGAUGGGUUUUAUUGUAAGGAGUGGUCUUUCCCCUGAUACAGUAACUUAUAGCACUUUACUGCACGGCUACUGUCGUAAAGGGAAGUUAUCUGAAGCAAAUGCUAUUCUAAAUGAGAUGAUGAGAAGUGGUUAUGUCCCUAAUACUUAUACCUGUAAUAUUUUGCUGCAUAGCCUAUGGAAAGAGGGUAAAAUAUUGGAGGCAGAAGAGUUAUUGCAAAAGAUGAAUGAAAAAGGCUAUGGUGUGGAUACUGUGACCUGCAAUAUUGUAAUUGAUGGUUUGUGUAAAAGUGGGAAAUUGGACAAAGCUAUGGAAAUUGCACAUGAGAUGUGGACACAUGGAAGUGCUGCUCUAGGUAACCUUGGGAACUCAUUUAUUGGCCUAGUUGAUGAUGUUAGCCGUAGCAUGAGAUGUAUUCCUGACUUAGUUACAUAUUCUAUCAUAAUUAGUGCUCUAUGCAAAGCAGGAAAGAUAGAUGAAGCUAAAAAGAAAUUCAGAGAGAUGAUGGGUAAAAACUUGCAACCCGAUGCGGUUAUUUUUGAUACUUUCAUCCAUAUUUUCUGUAAAGAAGGAAAGAUUUCAUCUGCAUUUCGAGUUCUCAAGGACAUGGAGAAAAAAGGAUGUAAUAAGAGCGUACAGACUUAUAAUUCACUGAUACUUGGCUUAGGAAGUAAAAAUCAAAUAUUUGAAAUUUAUGGACUUGUCGAUGAGAUGAGAGAAAGAGGGAUUACUCCUAAUGUUUGCAUAUACAAUAACAUUAUUCAGUCUCUUUGCAAAAAUGGGAAAAUCCAGGACACUACUUCUAUCUUGGAUGACAUGCUGCAAAUGGGUAUAAAUCCUAAUAUUUCUACCUUCAGGAUGUUAAUAGAAGCUUUCUGCAAGGCAAGUGAUUUUGGAGUAGCGAAGGAGUUAUUCGAGAUUGGUCUUAGUAUAUGUGGUCACAAGGAAGCCUUUUAUAGUUUAAUGUUCAAUGAGUUGCUUUCUGGUGGGCAACUUUCAGAAGCUAAAGUGAUCUUUGAAGCUGCAUUAGAUAGAUCUUUUCAUCUGGGAAACUUCCUUUAUAAGGAUCUCAUUGAAAAACUUUGUAAAGAUGGGAAGUUAGAGGAAGCUAGUGGAAUUUUGCACAAGUUGAUUAUCAAAGGAUACAAAUUUGACCCUGCAUCAUUCAUGCCUGUGGUUGAUGACUUGGGUAAAAGAGGAAACAAGCAUGAGGCUGAUGAACUUGCAGAGAAGAUGUUGGAGAUGGCUUCAGAUGGUAGAGUGGAAAAUAAGAUAUCUCGAAAACCAAAGGAAUUGAUCCAUAGAAAGGAAACGAAGUAUGGUGGAGAUGACUGGCAAACAAUAGUACACAGAGAUGAUGGCAGUGGAAUUGCUUUGAAAACCCUUAAGCGGGUACAGAAAGGCUGGGGUCAAGGAAGCAUACCAAGUUUGCAGACCGAGAAAACUGAGUUUCUUGAUUACUGGUGAAGUCGGUCGUUAAAUUCCCAUUUGUCUGGAGAUGAGUUUAGAGGUUAAUAAUGAUUAAACAAGGAUUAAUUUGUCAUUCACGAAGGAUUUGCUAGGCAGCGCACUCAUGGAAAAUAUUCAUUUUAAUUUCAACAUCUUCAGAAGUCAGGAAUGCGGGCAAAUGAUGCGCAGUAGGUCAUGAUGUGCUGAUUAAUAUCUGUAAAUUGUCUGUGCUUGUGAAGUGAAUACCAAAUUGCACCUUGUUUUCAUAUUUCUGCAGAUGGAUAGCAAUUUACCAAGCUGAAUGCUCGAGUUUGUUGGUAAAGCUCUAUAUUAGUGAUGCAGGGUUCUUACAUGCUGAUGUCCUGAUGUUCUCUCAUUGAUGAUCGAGUUUAUGGCCUGCGUACAAGGAAUUGUGUUAAUUUCAGGGUCUGGUAACCUCCUCACCCUUGUUCCUAAUACUACACUGCUAAUUUAUUAGGAAUGUAUUACUACAAUGGAUAGAGAUUCAAACUCCGUAUUAGUCUCUGAUGUAGGGAUUUGUACACUGUACUUUGAGUUACUAUUCAAAAAAUGGGUAAAUUAGUUUAUAAACGUUAGAUCAAGGAGUAAACUGGUUCUUCUGUAAAAAUUUUGUCCAUCUAUCAUUAAAAACUUGUCCUUGUAUGACAACAUGAGAUACACGCGGCACAUCACUUUUUAUUG